GUGUUUUUAUUGAAACUGAACCUCUAAGCCUGAAAGCUGGUUUUCUGUCAGUGGGGGUGUUCUAUGGGAGGUUUUCCUGAAGAGAGAGUGUGACGCUUUUCUUCAUUCACUGGGAAUGUAUUGACUGGAGACCCAACUCUCAGCCUUCCAGCUGGACCCUGCUGUUGCUCUUUUCACUGUGUGGUGUUUAAACCAGGACACAAACACACCUGGCAGCUGAGCUCUCUCUUGACCUUUCAAAUAAAACUAUGCGGAUCCUCCUCCUGCUUUGCCUAUUGGCAUUAGGCAAUGCCAAACCCUACCGGCCAAUCAAAGUGAUGGACUUCAUGAAAAACUAUGAAAUCAUGAUGGCUGAUUCAAGUGACGAGGAUAAUGACGAUGACGAUGACGAUGACAAUGACAAUGACGACUAUGAUGAUGAAGAUGAGGACUGUCCAGCUGGUUGCCAUUGCUUACCCCAAGUGGUGCAGUGCUCCGACAAGGGCCUGAUUUCUGUUCCUGAGAAGAUUCCUGAAGACACUGUUUUGAUAGAUCUCCAAAACAAUGACAUCACAGAGAUCAAGGAGGAUGACUUUAAAGGCCUCAACAAGCUUUAUGGUCUGUUUCUGAUCAACAACAAGAUCUCAAAGAUUCACCCCAAAGCCUUCAGAAACAUGGAUCAUCUCAAACUGCUGUACCUCUCCUAUAACCUACUGACCGAGAUACCUGCAAACCUGCCUCCAAAUGUCUUUGAGCUGCGCUUCCAUGAAAACAAGAUCAACCGAAUCCAGAAAGAUGCCUUUAAGGGCCUGAGGAAACUCCAUGUGCUGGAGCUGGGUGCCAAUCCUCUGGCCAACAGUGGGAUUGAGCUGGGUGCUUUUAACGGCGUGUCAAGCCUGUAUGUUGGUAUAGCAGAGGCCAAACUCACAGCUAUACCAAAAGACCUACCAUCCUCAAUUACAGAGCUGAGUUUGGACUACAACAGGAUCAUUAAAGUGGAGGUGGAAGACUUGAUCAGAUACAAAAACCUGCAGAGGUUGGGACUAGGGUUUAACCAAAUCAAGUUUGUAGAAAAUGGCAGCUUCAUCAGCAUCCCAAACAUCCGUGAACUUCACCUGGACAACAACCGUUUGAAAAAGGUUCCUCCAGGUCUAAACUCCCUGCGCUACCUUCAGGUGAUUUUCCUUCAUGGCAACAAAAUCAGCAGUGUGGGAGUUAAUGACUUCUGUCCCAUUAGUCCCACUGUCAAGAAGAACCUGUACACAGGCAUCAGUCUGUUUGCCAACCCCGUUAAGUACUGGAAUAUCCAACCGUACACCUUUCGCUGUGUGACCGGUCGGCGGGGUGUUCAGCUCGGAAACUUCAGAAAGUAGCAGGGCGUGAAGAUGAGCUGUUCUGGUGAGCCCAGAAAUAGAGAAAUCCUCAUAAUAGCAUAAGUAAUAAGCUGGAAGUUAAAAAACUGAACCUGCAUUCCUCAAGAGCUAGCAGUUUAGACAACACAGAAAAGGUUAUUUUUUAUUGAUAUAUGUUAGAACAUGUACUACACAUUAAAAGCCAGUACACAGCCGAGUUUUCAGUCAGGGAGAGAAUACAAAACAAAAAUGAAGUCCAAAACUAGAAAGAUUUUUUUAAUCAGGACAUGAACUAAGUGAGGACAUGAACAGCAGGAUGCCUUCGAUAGAUGCUGUGAGGUUCAAUCUACAAGGCAAUUCAUUACCUUUUGUCCCUUGACUUUUGCUGUGAAACCUUUGCAGGACUAAAGUGCCACCCUCUGGUACUUUUGGAGCAUCAACAGCCAGUGACUUGACUUCUGCAAAAGUGAUUGUAAUUAUAUUAUUAUAUCUGUCUUUUACUAAUAUAGGUCAUUUUAAAUCUUGUUGUCUUUGUAACACUACUAUACAACUACAAACAAAAGGGACCUUUAAAUCUCUUUUUUACACAUUAUAUUGAUGCCUUUUAAGUUGAGACACAAAGCUGUAGCCAAAAAUCACUAAAUCCACUUCCAGCAGAAGUCUGUACAGUCAACGAAUGAUGCUGGCAUUAUUUAGUGCAAUAGGUCACUUUGGAAUCUCUUGUUUUUCUUGAAUGUUUUGCAUUUUUAUAAAGUGUUUACUAAGCAGGAGAAAGUACAUGUCAGACUGGACUAUGCAUUGUACUUGGUGUAAACAUUCCUUAUGCAGGGUGGCUACAUAAAAAGUCAUGCAAUUAAUCUAAAAACAUGCCUUGAGAGUUAACUGGAUUCAAGGAAUUACAGCAAAAAAUCUGACCAGUUGCCAGUUAAUGAAUAUUAAAAUUACCAAUAUAAUUACCAUAAUUUCUUCAUAAUGUUCUCUCCUCCGAAAUGGUGCUAUAUUUAUUUGGUGUCUUUAAUUAAAACCGAGGACAUAUCCUGA